UGUCCCCUGUCCCUAUUGUCCCCUCGCCUCCACUUCCUCCUCUCCCGCCUCUUCCGCCCUAUGAUCCACCGCUGCCCCCUCCCGCUCUGCCUUCUGAUCCACCCACCGAUCCACCAUUCUCGAGACUUUCCACCCAUGCCGAGCUGCCUGAUCUCUAUCCUACGCUGCCGCCGUCACCGCUCAGCUCCCUAGCGGAUCUCUCGGCUGCUCCACAUCCACAUCCACCGUCGGAACGCGCACGCUCUCUCGCACGGCUCCUCUCCCUCCCCCUGCCCUCCACCCUUCUUCCACGUUCCUCCACCCCAUCCUCUGUCCCUCUCUCCUCGCUCCGUAAUCCCUCCCGGUCCGAUGCCCCCUCCUCUUCCUCCUCCUCCUCCACCUCCUCCUCCACCAAUCCACUCUCCUCCGACCGGCUCCGCUCUUCCAUGGCGCGGCUUCUCUCCCGCCAUCCCUGUAAUUACUUCUCCAGGUCCUCCGCCUCGCACUCCGCCUCCACCCCCUGCUACUCCAUCCGAAAUCCAUCUCAUCCGCUGUUCAACACAUCCCUUGACACCAUUUCGGAUGACGCCUCGGGAUCCAGGGCGUCGUCGUCGUCGGGGCUGCUCGGGGCGAUCCGCGGGGCCGACCUUCCCCCGGGGCCGUCUGCCAGGUCUCGCUCGGCCCUGGACUCGCAGAUUGGGGUCCGGGUCCUCAGCAGACACAUCGUUAAUAUAGAACAGAUAUGCAUUGCCCUGCUGGAGAUCAACAACCACACCAGGGAGGAACAGAUGCUUCAGCAGAUCUGCCUCAUGCUCAACGAUAUCCAGGAACAGAUCCACUCUCUGCGGCUGCCCGAGGACUCCCAGGUGGUGGAGGACCUCGCCGGGGCCUUCUCCGAGACCCUGCCCACCCCGCCCAAGUUGAUUCAGGAGGAGGAGGGAGGAGAGGCGCCCGUCCCCCCUCCCGACCUACCUCCUCGGCAACAGUGAGUCUAGUGGCGGGGGUGGUGGUAGCAGUGGUGGUGGUGGUGGUGGUGCAGGGGCGGCGGCGAGCUCCCCCUUCCUGCCUAGGGUACACCAGCGCACCUCCUCGGGCUACCUGUGUCCCCGACCUACCCCGAG